CACGGUCCGCCUCUGAGGGACUCGGGCCCGGCAGUCUGCCCGCCGUCCGCUCUUCUGCCUGGGGUGUCCGACCCUCUGGGCCCUCCAUGGGACUUCUCGGCCCUCCUCCCGGGAUCUGCCCGCUGGCUGCUGCCCUGGCAGCGCCUUCUUUCGCUCCCACUCGAUGAUGUCUUCCUCUCCCUCCCCGCACUGAGGGUGUACAGCCCUCUAGUCCCACAGAGGACUCGGACCCUGGCUUGCCAGUGGAGCCUUUCCGUCUUCCAUCCCUGUGGCUGUCCCUUCCUGCCAUCCCUGAAGGUAUUUGCUCUGGGGACUCACGGUGCAUUGCCCUCUCUCUACAUUCCUGGAUGCUCUCUAGACUCCUGUUUCAGAUUUAUAGAAGUGUUACAAAUGGCGAAAGAACUAAAUGAUCUCCUUCGGUGGAAAGAAAAAGAAGGGGAAGAGCUACAUGCUUGCCAGUCCCCGUGUCAAAAGAAAAUGCUGCAAGGUGUCAAAAAGCAACUCCAAGACAUGCAUGAAAAGUUUAACAGAUUGAAAGAAGAUUUCGUCUAUAACUUAAGAAUUUUAGAAGAGAGAGAUAAAGAGUUAGAACACUAUGAUGUCACAGUCACUCAUCUGAAAAUAUCUGAAAAUGCUAAACUGGCAGAGAUCAGUGAUCUUAGAAUACAACUCGAUCAAGUGGAGCAAAUGCUUUUCAAGGAGAGAAGAAAAAGAUGUGAACUUUAUUAUCACUAUCAAAAACACAUUGAAGAACAUAAAUUAGAGCUGGAACAGUUCUGCGGCUCUAGGAACAGACACAUAGAUCAUCAGCAUGAGGAGUCUGUGAACCUGAAACAUCAUGUGGAGAGAAAAACCCAAAAACCGGAAGGAGCUUGUCAGAAACGGGUGAAGCUGCUGACUGGAGAACUGGAGGCCCUCAAAGAGACUGGAAUGCAAACAGCAGAAUCACUGCAAACAGCAGAAAUGUUUGAUUUGAGACUGGAGAAAGAAAACCACUUCAAUGACUUUGUUGCUUUGGAAGAUGCUUGGCAUGAAGAACUAGCUCCUGCUGCCAAGGAAAAGGCUGCAGUGGCAGCUUUGGUGAAAGAAGCCCAAGUCAAACAGUUUAAAGAGUUGAAGCAGCAGAUUAGAGAACUGCAGAUGAAACAUAAAAGUUUGGAAACUGAGCUAUGCAGAAGAGAAUGGCAUCACAGUGCUUGUUUAAGAGAGAAAGAUGCUCUUAUUAGAAAGUAUAAGCAACAACUGUCUCUGGCAGCUGAGCAGAAAUGGAUUCUGGAACAGAGUGAAAUGCAAGCAGAAAUGGACUGGGAGCAGCUCUGUGACAAUGCUGAAAGUAAUCAGUAUCAGAAAUCACAGGAUCGAACACAAAGCCUGUCUUCAGCAAGAGAGCAGAUAUUUGAGCAUGAUGAUAAAAGUUUUCUGAGCAAAGAUAUUCCUACCUUGGAAAUCAAAAAGCUGCAGGAGCAGAAUGCCAGCCUUCGGGCUGCUAUUGCACAAAUGAGGAAAGAAAUGGAGAGUCUUGAUGAGCAGGUGUUGUCCUCUCUUCCUCUGACAGAAAGCAGACAGCUUACAGACCAAGGUUCAUUGUGCACAAACAACAUUUCAACUGGAAACACUUCAAGCAACAUCAAAGUCAGCUCAGCUAACUUGGAUUGUGUAGUAAACCCAGACACAGAAAAGGGGCCAAACCCCAAAGUUCUUGAAGAAGAGAUGGUAGAUCUUGGACAGCAGUUACCUGACAUGGGUCCUGGUAUUGGUCUUCAGUAUGGUGUCAGCUGCACUCUACAAGGAAUGCAAAAUAAACUGAGGGAAGCCACAAGAAAAAUCUCAAUUCUGAGCCAAGAGAAGCAGCAGCUGAUUGAAAUGGGAAACAGACUCAGGGCAGAACUUGGAAUGGUAUUAAAGGAAGGACUUUGGCAUCCUGUUAGCUCUAAGCGCUGCACAGUUUGUAUUGCCUCUGGUAGUCUUUUUCCAAGAGAGCUUGUCAAAAGAACACAGUGUCAGCUAUCAGCUUUAAAGCAUCUACAGCACAGGCUUACAACACAGGAGCUGCAGUAUGCAAAGCCACAGCAUCCCUCAAGGAUCUCUUCUCUGCUUGCCUGCCCUAGCUUAAAGGAAGCAGAAGCUCCAAGCAGCUAUGGGGAAAAAAAGGAAUUACCAUACACCAAGGUUCAGCUAGAUUUCUCUGUUGAAAAUCAUGGGCCAGAGCAACGAAAGGCAGAUAGAUCCUCAAAGAUCGGCCAAAGUCAGCCACUCGGGCAGAACCCUGGUCAAGCCCAGCAGGUCCAGCUUCCUUCAUCUCGAGCAUGUGAUUUCUGCCAAGGGGAGUUUGCAGUUACACAUUCAACUGAGCAACCUGAAGAAUCUCAGCAAAAUAUCAAAGCCAAGGAUAAACUGGAAAUGCCAGCUGCAGAUUUGACAGUCAGAGGAACCAGGCUGGAAGUUCAGAAGAAGUUAAAAUCCAGGAAUUUGUCUCCUGCUCGUAUCAUAAAACCAAAAAUCUCUUCUAACAUGGCAAAAAUCCGCAACUAUAAUAUUAGAGACUGAUUUCUUUGUUGGCAACAAGUUCCAGGUCCACGCUUGCUAUUAACUUACUUUGAAGUCUAUAAAUCAGAUGUGAAUACUGGCUUUGUUUUUAUCUGAGUUGGGAUGUUUGCAGCCAGAAGAGAGAAAAACCACCCUGUUUCAUACUGUGAACCCUAAAAUAAAGGGUUAAUAUGUGAGAUUACAGUCUACACUGUUAAUACUGAUUUAUUUUAAUUAUAUAUGUUAAAUAUUGCUUGCAUCAUGGAUUUAGAAAUGCCCAAUUAAUACAUAUGUAAAGCUUUGUGCCUUUAGGCAGGGCUUGGAGGUCUUUAGCAAAUAUUUUGUUGAGAAACUGUAGAUGUGAUUUAAGCUUACAAGUGGGGUGCCUCAACCUACUUGUUUUCUUAUAAUUAACAAUGCAACCGUUAAUCCUGUGCAGCUACCCUUCUGCUUGAAAGAAAGGGGGGUGAGAAGAUUACACCUGAAUCUGUAUUGUUUCUCAUCUUCUGUAGCUCUUUCCACUUGUUCAGGCAGCACGCAAGAGUAUAAAACUAAACUUCUACUGUCACACCAGCAAUUAUAUUGUUCUUUAACAAGAGGUUGCAGAGAGCUUAAAGCAGUGAAAACCAUGUUCAUUAGCAACACUUAGAAUCACACAGAAGCAUUGGAAGAAAUGUCUUACAGCAGAUGAAAUGAAAACUUAAACGAGUUGUGAAGUAAUGAGGGAUAUCUAUGCAGUCAUGAAGGACACCAGGACAUCGAAUCAAGCAAUCAGUGUAUUUUUGUAAUAUUUCCAGUAAUGCUGAGCUGUCUUGGGAUAUUACAGGGACGAACGUUACUGUGAGUAAAGGAAAUGCACAUGAAAAACACAAGAAAAAACUUUCUUUUUUUUUACUGCGAGGAUGGUCGAGCACUGGAACAGGUUGCCCAGAGAGGUUAUGGAGUCCCAAUCCGUGGAGAUACUCAAAGCCCAACUAGAUGUGGUCCUGGGUGAUCUGUUCCAGCUGACCCUCCUUGAGUGGAGGGGCUGGACCAGGUGAUCUUAAGAGGCCCCUUCCAACCUAGGCGAUUCCGCGAGUGGUAUCACUGAAAUGAAUAAUACUUCUCAGUUGCUGCUAAAAACAUACAGAAUCUAGACAGGAUUAGUGAAGGAAGAGAGCUACUUACCCACAGGGGCUUUUUUUCUGUAGCGCUUUGCUUUUUAGAAAUGCUUUCCGAGUAUUCUUUGCAAACAGCUGCACUCUUUGGCAUCAGACGAUGUGGUAGUAAUCAUUUUGAGAAUCUGAAUAAUUAUUUUUUUGCUCCCUGCUGAAAAUGUUUUGCUUUAGUGCAAAAGUGCCAUGAUGCUAUAAUCGGAUGUUAAAUCUGCAAUAAAUUUCAUUGAGAUGUUACCAAGUCAAUACGAGGCCUGAGAGACCUCGCGAGCUUCUUUCUAAAACAUUUAAUUACUUGAAAAUCCUGUCAUUGGAUUCAACAUUUAACAUUGUUCAUGAGCCGGAACAACAUGAUGCAUUCCCUUGAACCAGCCCCUGAAUGAGCUCUUUCUGUAGCUCAAAGCAUAGUGGUUUCUCACAAGUACAGGAAUUUUGGCCCAGAUCACACCAGUUACAGCUCUCACUGGUUAUUUCUAGAACACAAUGUGUAAAUUCCAAAGUUUUUAAAAGCUGUAGGUUAUCCUGAAAAUAUAAUUUUUUAAAUUUCCAAUUCCGUGUUUAAUCCUGAACGGAGGAGAUGCACAGUAUUUCAGUGCUGUGAGACUCUGUGCAUUUACAGGUGUUAAAAGCAGUGUGUGCACUUCAGAAAAAGAGCAGCUUGUUCCAUAAUCUUUGUUAACGCUGAGCCUGGAAAACAUUCCUCUCUAUUCCUUACAGCAUGAAUAUCAGCUCAGGGGCUGCACACUUCAGAAAUGCCUUUGUAUAGUUUUCUGUGCAGGUUUUUAGGUUUUUUGCUUCCUUAUUUGAGGGGGUUUGGUUUUUUUUUUCACCCUUCCCCCCAGUAUGUCACCUGGCAUGCCUGGUCAUGCAGCCCUCUUGCCAGAAAUGCAACUUUAAUUUAUUCAGUUUCCCUGAGAAACAGGUUUCCUUAAGGCAGCUGUAGGUAAGGGAGCUGAUAGCUCUGCAUUGUUCCAUUUUGUUUUACUUGGGAUAAAAAACAAAACAAAACAAACAAAAAAAGCAGUUCAAUUAUUGUACAUUUCUUUCAGAGUAACUCUAAGAACAUGUAAGUGUGCAGAGAAUUAACGAGGUGUGCAUAAUAAGAAUAAAUACCGUGAAGAUA